GGUGCGAGCCGCGGCGAAUCUAUCGGAUUUAGUUAAUGUCCAGCUCUCCGUGGACUCGGAUGUCGCAUCGGCUUGCGACCAGCCAUGACAGACGAGCUCGCCUGACUGCACGACGCAACACCUUUCUCAACGCCUUCUCCACUUUUUGAUCGACGUUUUUUUUUUUUUUUUUCCCCCGAGGGACCUUUUCAUUUCAUUCGCCGUUGAACGAAGGAACGAAGGAGUCUGUUUGUCAUAUACGUCGAGUAACCUGUACCCCAACCCGACUGAUCGAUAGUACACAACAAAGAAAGAGAGAGAGAGAGAGAGUAUCACGUUGAUUUCUCCACGAGAACAAAAAAUGCGUGGAGAACUGUGAUUCAAUCUGUCUGUAAAAUUCUCUGUUUUAUUUGAAAGAAGAAAGAAAGAAAUCAAUUGACGAGAAAUCGUUUCGAUGAUCCUUGAAAAUUCCUUGGAUCUUUCCUUUCUCUCUCCGUUCGACGAUUUUUCACUCUGCAAUUCUUUUUCCCCCAUUAGCACGAUUUUCCAUUAGUUCGAUGCUUCGCAGACACAUUUCGCGCGUUCACUCUGUCUCGUUUGAUGAAUCUGCCGGUGAUUAAUCGCGGAAACGGCGCGUGACUGAACGAUAGAUAGGUCGGAGCGACCGGCAGCGGAGAACGAGUCGAUCCACGUGGACUCGGCCGUGCGUUCUCGCGGACUCGCGCUCGUGACUGAAAACUCGGUGAGAAUUGGUGAAAACGAUAAAAACGGUGACUUUAUGAGCGUCGUCGAAGACACGGUCUCGGGAGACGAUAGUCUCUCUCAAUCACCGAUCAUCGCUGGAUCUACAGGAUCAUCGCGUCUCAUCCUGUUCAGAGAGUCGAUUCGAUCGAGGAAGAACGGAAGAACACUCGCCGAGUGAAUCGAGAAGAAAAAUCGAGAAAUUCCAAGAAACGAAGAGGAGAAAUCGAUCAGGGUGAAAUUGGUUACAACUUGGUUUCAGUUGGCUCUCCGCCGGUGAAUCAUGGAACAAGGACAGGAUACGAAAAUGAAAAACUCGGUGGACUAUGUAAAGGCAAUCGAGGGCGGCGUUCAACCGUCUCAGAUCAUUGAGACGAAGGUGUACAAACGACGAUGGCUGAUCCUAAUGAUCUUCGUGCUAUAUAGCGCCAGCAAUGCGAUGCAAUGGAUCCAGUACAGCAUCAUCGCCAACAUCAUAAUGGCCUACUACAACGUGUCCAGCUUUUCGGUGGACAUGACCAGCAUGAUUUACAUGAUAACUUACAUUCCGUUUAUCUUUCCAGCGAGCUAUCUGCUCGACAGAUUCGGGCUGAGGUUCGCUGCCUUAGCAGGGGCGAUCGGGACGACGUUCGGAUCUUGGAUAAAAGUGUUCAGCGUAAGCCCGGAUCGUUUCUGGAUUACUUUCCUCGGCCAAUCGUUGGUUGCCCUAAGUCAAACGUUCAUUCUAUCGGUACCGGCUCGUCUGGCAGCUGUUUGGUUCGGUCCGGACCAGGUCAGCAGCGCGUGCAGCAUCGGCGUUUUCGGAAAUCAGUUGGGCAUAGCGAUUGGUUUCCUCUUUCCACCGAUGCUGGUGCAGAACAGCGAAAAUAUCAACAUAAUUGGCCAAGGAUUGCACGUGAUGUUCUACAUCGUCGCUGCUUUUACCACCAUUAUUCUGGUCCUCAUACUUCUCUUCUUCAAGUCUGAACCACCGCUUCCUCCGAGUCCAGCGCAAGCCGUGCAAAGGGAGGCCGAAUCCACAGAGAGCUUCUUCGUUUCUGUGAAGAAACUGGUCACAAAUGUCGGUUACUUGUUGCUGCUGCUCAGCUAUGGUAUCAACGUGGGCGUGUUCUACGCCAUCAGCACGCUUCUCAAUCAUAUAGUUCUUCAAUACUUCCCCAAUCACGAGAAAGACGCUGGAAGGAUCGGCUUGACCAUCGUUUGCGCCGGAAUGUUGGGCUCUGUGGUGUGUGGCAUCGUUCUCGAUAAAACGCACAAAUUCAAAGAGACAACGCUCGGCGUGUAUCUUCUCUCCUUUCUCGGCAUGAUUAUAUUCACGUUCACUCUAAACAGCAGUCAAAUAUAUGUUAUUUACGUGACAGCUGGCAUGUUAGGAUUCUUCAUGACCGGUUACCUUCCAGUGGGCUUCGAGUUUGCAGCGGAGCUGACGUAUCCGGAACCGGAAGGAACGUCCGCUGGCUUGCUAAACGCAGUGUGCCAGGUGUUCGGUAUUGUUUUCACAAUCCUCUACGGUUGUACGUUGGGCGCCUGGGGCGACUUUUGGGCAAACAUCUUCCUCUGUGCCACGUUAGCGUUUGGCUCGUUCCUCACUAUCAUCAUUCCCAACGAUCUUCGAAGGCAAAACGCCAAAUUUUAAGCAUUGACCUUCCGGUGAUCGAAGAUUAAUUGAUAGAGAGAGAGAGAGAGAAAAUGAUCAACUAGUCUAGUGAUCGAUGAUAUUGCGAAAGCGGAGCUGUGUCAAAGAUGAUUGACUCGAUUGAAACAUUCACGGCCCACGUUUUCCACUCUUGUUGUUAUAAUUAUUCCUUUAGUCUUUGAAAAAUAUUUCUGUGCAAAAUAUUGAUGUUAGAAUCUUGACGAUAUAGAUUAUUGUUAAAAAAAAGAAAGAAAGAUAUUUCAAUAGUCCAGAUAAGUACGUUGGGCAUGGUUCAAAAUCUGAAACCGGAGUUGAUAUUUGUGCGUGUAAAGAGAUCAGAGCGUGUAUUUACGAAUGAGAUUAAUCGUGAUAUCGUCGUUCUUUUCGAGUAUGGAGGUUCUAUGCUCAAACUUAAUUUCUUCUCUAUUAUUUCUUCACUGCGCCGUGACGAUUUUUCAGUAUCGUCGAGUGAUUCUGUUACAUUUAGAAAACAUUCUGAAACAUUCUUCUGUGUUGCAUUUCGAGUGGAAGGAAAAUUGCCAAGCAAGCAGUAAAGAAUCAGUUUUUCACAUAGUUUUAAAGACCAGAGACUUUCGUCGUUUGUUUGAUGAUUUCGUGCAGCGAGUUACACUGAGGAUUUCUCAUUUUAUUUACAGUGCCAUCAGUAUUAUUGUCUCUGACGAUCGUAUAUACUGCCGGCCAUAAGUAUUUUUAUCAGAAAAAUCUAAACGUCAAAACUACUUGUGGCAGACAGUGUGCGAAACUGCGAAACGAUGCGAGAUUAAGACAAAAGAAUUUAGCGUUUUUACGAUUGACGUCUCCAAGUGAGAGCCAGCACUCGAUGAAAUAGCGAUAAGUUUCUCGCGAAGAUCAGGAAGGAGAAUAGAAAAAAUAGUAUUGAUGAUAACGAUACUUGUAGCGCUUAAAUCCUUCCAGGAAUAUUACUGAGAUACUGUGCAUCCGAAUGACGGAUAAAAAAAAAAUCUAUUUAUUCUUGUUACUCGUGUAAAUGUUUUCAUCGGAUACGUAGAAUAGACCUCUAAAUCUUGAUCUUUGUGGCGUGCGAAAUUAUAUUUCCUCGAUACAAUUUGUUCGUAGAAUUAUACAAGAUUAUUUCAAAAUUAUUUGAAUUCCCAAAAUGAUAUAUAUAUAUAUAUAGUUCGAUCGGCAUAUCAAAUUCAUGGAAUGAACGAGCUUUAUGAUUCUACAAACGCGUCAUCUCGGUUCAAUUCAAUUGGGUUCUGUAAGUAAUCGGAAGCUCGGGUGAAAGAUGAAACGACGGGGAAGAUCAUUUUAAUAGGAUCGGCUGGUUUUACGGCGCAUCUCCGGUUUAAUAAGAAUGACCCAGAAUCGAUGACGCGAAAUAUGGGAAGGUGCAAAUCUCUCCACCAGCACGGAAAUUCGAUUUGCGAGUUGAUCGCCCCCCCCCCUCCCCCCCAGUUCCGAUUAAACUCGAACCCAUCGAGGAAAAAUUAAUUACCGCGCGAAGAUCGAUUUAGACGAGCUAACAGAUACCUGAAAAUCGAUUUAUGUCCUAGCUGAAACUGGUUUAGGGAUCGUUGAAACGUCCUUAGGACUUUUGAAAUUCUAUUUUAAGGCUACGUUAUUUAGUAUAAGGCGUUCCUUUCGUUCCAAAUAUUACCCGUGACAGUACAGAUGACAAUAAUCGUUAGCUACACGUACAAAGAAAGAAAAAAAAAAAGGGGAAAAAAGGAAAAAAAACGAGUGUUAGAUUUAAUAGAUUUAACGAUAGGAUAUUAUCGUGUGUCCUAAAGUCGCGGGGCCAGUCGUGUAGAAACGAAUAACACUGUUGACAAUAAAAAUCUAUCAAUAAGAGAAGCCAAGGAUUCGAGAUCGAUAGACAGAUAGUUUGUUUCUAUAUUUUUAUAACGUUCUACGCUGCACAAAGGAAAUAAUCGAAAGAAGGAAAAUUGCACACCGUUUACUUUCACCUUGCUGUUCUUAGACACUUUUCACGUUUGAAAAAAAAAAAGAAGAAUAAAAAAAAAACGACUGUACACUUUCUUCGCUUGCAAAGACGAAUUAACCAGACGAAGAGAAUUCUUCCGGGGACCGUUUGUCAAUUAAUUCCAACGAAUCCUUCGAGAGA